AUGUCGUGGCCUAUCGCGGAGGUGAAUCCAGGUGAAAAGGGACCCAGGAGGAAACUCUUUGUGGGUGGCUUGGACUGGAGCACGACGCAAGAAACUCUCCGUAGCUACUUCUCCCAGUAUGGAGAAGUCGUAGACUGUGUAAUAAUGAAAGACAAAACAACAAACCAGUCUCGAGGAUUUGGAUUUGUCAAAUUUAAAGAUCCCAACUGUGUGGGAACAGUACUGGCCAGUAGACCUCAUACGUUAGAUGGCCGAAACAUUGAUCCAAAGCCAUGUACGCCUCGGGGGAUGCAGCCAGAAAGGACACGACCGAAGGAAGGAUGGCAGAAAGGAUCCAGGAGCGAUAACAAUAAAUCAAAUAAAAUUUUUGUCGGUGGGAUUCCUCAUAACUGUGGCGAGACAGAGCUCAGGGAAUACUUCAAGAAAUUCGGAGUGGUCACUGAAGUUGUAAUGAUCUAUGACGCAGAGAAACAGAGGCCCCGAGGUUUUGGAUUUAUUACUUUCGAGGACGAACAAUCAGUGGACCAGGCUGUCAACAUGCAUUUUCACGACAUCAUGGGCAAAAAAGUGGAGGUGAAACGCGCAGAACCUCGUGACAGCAAAAGCCAAACCCCAGGGCCGCCCGGUGCCAGUCAGUGGGGAAGCAGGAUCAUGCCAAGUGCUGCCAAUGGCUGGGCAGGUCAGCCCCCUCCGACCUGGCAGCAAGGAUACGGCCCUCAAGGGAUGUGGGUGCCAGCUGGACAGGCAAUUGGUGGAUACGGACCACCUCCUCCGGGAAGAGGAGCUCCUCCGCCACCACCACCAUUUACCUCAUACAUAGUCUCUACACCUCCCGGAGGAUUCCCUCCUCCGCAAGGAUUCCCACAGGGCUACGGCACCCCGCCACCGUUUAGUUUUGGUUACGGUGCUCCGCCGCCUCCGCCUGACCAGUUUGCCCCGCCUGGAGUACCCCCUCCACCUGCCACUCCAGGGGCAGCACCACUAGCUUUUCCACCACCACCACCACCAUCUCAGGCAACUCAGGACAUGAGCAAACCCCCAACCGCUCAGCCGGAAUUUCCUUACAGUCAGUUUGGUAAGUAA